GGAGUGACCUACUACUAUAUGCGUACUAAUUCAAUUAUCAAGCAAUUAUUCGCAACAAUAUUUGAUAAAGAAAAUAUUAUGUGAUCUCAAUUAAGUCAAAUUGGACUGCGGUUUGGAACUAAUUCCCAGACCAGACGAGCAUGCAACGCAAUCACCCGCGUCACUCACCAAAACCAACUUAUAUCUUAAAAUCAAAAUCAACUCUACAAAACUGACUUAUAAUCGUCUAUCUCUGAUUAAUACAUAUCCGGUGUAUAGAUAUAAAUGAUAGUAGAUGGUUCUAAUGACGGAAACUUGAUAACAGAUGAUCAACCGAUCUCAAAGAGGCUUAACUCUGAUACUAUUUUAGGAGUUGGACUUAACUCAACCCCGAUACCAGCUUGUGAUGAUUGCGUACAAAUAAAUAAAAAGAAGCUGCCAUCACUUUCCUCUUUUAGUUUCACUAUAAAUAAAACACUUCAAAGUUCAAACACUUCAACUUCAUAAUUUAAUCAAUUGUAAUAGACUAGUAUCACUUAAUCAACUAAAAAUGGCUGGUGUUGUUGAAUCUGAUCCUAUUCCACUUAUCACUCCCUACCAAAUGGGAAAAUUCAGCCUAGCUCAUAGAGUUGUUUUGGCACCUUUGACUAGACAGAGAUCCUAUGGCAACGUUCCUCAACCACAUGCUAUCCUCUAUUACUCUCAGAGAGCCACCGGUUCUAACGGUGGUCUUCUCAUAACUGAAGCUACCGGUGUCUCUGAUACAGCUCAAGGGUAUCCAGACACACCGGGUAUUUGGACUAAAGAGCACGUUGAGGCGUGGAAACCCAUUGUGGAUGCUGUUCAUGCUAAAGGUGCUACUUUCUUCUGUCAGAUUUGGCAUGUUGGAAGAGUUUCUGAUUCUGUGUAUCAGCCAAAUGGACAAGCACCGAUAUCUUCUACAGACAAGCCACUCACACCACAAAUUCGAAGUAAUGGUAUUGAUGUAGCAAAAUUCACACCACCAAGGCGGUUAAGGACUGAUGAAAUUCCUAACCUUGUUAAUGACUUCAGACUUGCAGCAAGAAAUGCCAUUGAAGCUGGAUUUGAUGGGGUUGAAAUCCACGGAGCUCAUGGCUAUAUACUUGAACAAUUCAUGAAAGAUAAAGUGAAUGAUAGAACAGAUGAAUAUGGUGGAUCCCUUGAGAACCGUUGCCGAUUUCCUUUGGAAGUUGUUGAAGCUGUUUCCAAUGAGAUAGGAGCAGAAAGAGUUGGAAUUAGAUUAUCACCUUUUGCAGAAUAUGCAGAAUGUGGAGACUCCAAUCCAAAAGAAUUGGGACUUUAUAUGGUUAAUGCCCUCAAUAAAUACAAUAUUCUUUACUGUCACAUGGUGGAACCAAGAAUGAAAACUGUUAAUGAAAAAACUGAAUGCCCUCACAGCCUAGUGCCAAUGAGAAAGGCCUUCAAUGGCACUUUCCUAGUUGCAGGAGGUUACGACCGACAUGAUGGGAACAAUGCCAUAGCCGAAAACAGGGCAGACCUUGUUGUUUAUGGUCGUUUGUUCUUAGCAAAUCCAGAUUUACCAAAGAGAUUCGCACUGGAUGCUCCUCUAAACAAAUAUCACAGGGAGACAUUCUACGUUUCUGAUCCGGUUCUUGGUUAUACUGACUACCCUUUCUUGGAGGAUGAAACCAAUGUUGUAGCUUCCGAUUAAGGGUGGAACCUCCUCACUUAAUAAUAAGUUAUUUAUCCUUUGCAAACUGUUUUCUGCUAUUGUGUUUGUCGGUGAAUGCCAACAAGAAGUGUAUGACAGUAUCCACAUUUAGUGUGUAUUAGCUCCCGUGAAGGGAACUUGUAGGAUAAAAAAUUGGUCACUGAAAUAAGAAUUUUGAUGCUUAUAUAUUUAGUCUUCUCAGUUCUCAUACUUCUCUGCUACAACACAUAAUGUAAAGCCAGUGAAGUAUACCAGAUUUUUUAAUGCUAUAUACAAGCUUUGGAUCUUUGAGAUAAUAAGAUGAUUAAUUUUAGCAC